CUGGUGGAAUUCAAGCCCAUAGUGUGUUGCAGUUGAAGUAGCAGUGGACAAGUUGUUUGCGUGUCUGCUGAAUUAGAACACCAUGUAAACCCACGUAGCUACCGGUAGAUGGAGGGCACCAUGGGUCGGAGCAGUAGCAGUUCAAUGUCUCAUGGUUUUCCAGUGGUGGGGGUUUGCCUUGCUGCUUUGCUCCUCAGCAAUGCCUUGAUCUACCUGUAUCUGGAUUCUUUGUAUCAGACUGAUGGGCAGCUGGUGUCAUCCCAUAUUGGCUGUGUGCCUCGACAUUUUAAAAUGGCGACCAUGAAAAACUGCACCCCCUGGCUCCAGUGUUCACAGAUAAAUGCCGAAGUCCGUAAGCUGAAGCUGAUUGGCCAGGGAGCUGUUAAGAAGGUCUAUCUGGCAGAGUGGAGGGGUCAGAAGGUGGCUUUGUCCGAACUAUCCUCUCUGGAUUACCUGGAGGAUUUUCUCCAUGGAUUGUCUAUGUUACAGGCCCUGCAGGGCCCCCAGGUAGUGCAGUUGGUGGGGUUUUGCCUCGAAGACCGCACCCAGGUCACCGAGCACCACCCACUUGGCCCCUUGCUUAACCUGAAUGGUGUUCUUGCACAAGAGCAUCACCAGCAACACAACACAUGGCAGAUUCGUCUGAGGCUGGCUAUAGAUUAUGUCUCUAUCCUUCAUUAUCUUCAUAACAGCCCAACUGGGCGACGGGUUAUGUGUGAUUCCAGCAGCCUGGAGAAAACUCUCUCCCAGUUUCUGCUGACAAGUGACUUCCACCUGGUAGUGAAUGAUCUCGAUGCACUGCCUGAGGUGGAUCUGUCCAGAGGCUUGUUGGUGAAAUGUGGUCAUCGGGAGCUCACAGGUGACUUUGUUGCUCCAGAGCAACUGUGGCCAUUCAAAACCAAAGGGAAGCCAUUUUCAGACGAUCUAAUGCCUGAGUAUGAUGAGAGGACAGACAUCUGGAAGAUCCCAGACGUGACUUGGUUCCUAAUGGGAAGGGUACCUGGAGGGGAUGUAGUUCACUUCCAACUGUUUCAGAUUCACGAGGAGUGUAAGAAGGAAGACCCCAAGCGCCGCCCUUCAGCACUGGAUGUUUUGAAGGUGUACAAAUCAGUCUACAGUAGCAUGGUGCGGGACCAUGCUGGCUUUAGAGACAUGCUGUAGAAUACGUGUCUCUAUAACUGACUCGCUUACAAAAACCAUGAAUGUGAAAUAAAAAUUCAAGCUGCAGUUUCAACAAUGUUGUGCAGUUUAAUAAAUGCAUAUAAGUUUGGAACCAA